AUGUGGUACCGGACCAGCAGCAGCAGCAGCAGCUACUGCUGCUGCACCUGGGAACUUGCUAGAAAUGCAGAUUCUUGGCCGAGCAGCUGGUGCAACCAUCAGGAUCCGCGCGGAGGUCCAGGGAAGGCAAAGGAUACAGGCCACGUACCCCUUCCGCCGCCACCCCCUCCCCCCAUUAUUUCCAGAAGGCGUCUGCUCUCACUCGCUGCCUGUCCACCCCACUUUCAUCGCCCUCCAGCCAUCCCGGGACGCCUCGCUCCAGCCUCGCCAAUUUCCUUCCAACUGCUCGCCGCGGGGACCGGCUGGGCCGGAGGAAGGGCAAGGACGGUGUCACCUCGAACAGGGAAUCGACCUCCCUCCCCCAGCCCUCCUCGAAACAUCCGCCGAAGAGUUGUCCCUGGAGUCGCAUCCCCGGGGCAACCGAACUCUGCCGGGCAGGAACCGGGAGGAUCCCGAGCCAGCUGCCUCCGCCCGGGCAAAAGCGAAACCCACAUGGGCCGGCCAGACCCUGGGGCGGGGAUCCGCGGGCGGGCGGCGGGGCAACUGCCAGUGAGAGAGGGGGCAGAAAGGACUCCAUCUGCCUUCCCCCCACCUCCCACCCACAGCCCGGCGCCGCGGAGCCCGGCCGUCAGUCGCAGAGCCGAGCUCGGGAUCUGGACUAAGAAUUCCUCCAAGCCCACGCAUCGCUGGCAGCAGAAUGUGUGAUCCGGAGGAGACAUCACACAGUUGGAUGAAACGAACGGAAUCCUUCAGCUUCACUGCAUGUGAAGCCCUCAGCAGGCCCAGAAGGGAUCCUCGGCAAAGCCUCAUACAACCGCCACCCUUCCUUCGCUAGGACAUCUCCAUCGUGGCCCGGCCACGUGUCGUCUUGCAAACACAAACUGGUUAGGCCGAAGAGCGUUGCAAAAGGACCAAAGCUUGCACUUCCCUUGCAGGUCAGACUGGUUUGUGGUACAACAUGUGGUUGUGGAUAAUGUAGCUGGUAUAGUUCAAUGACAGUCUGGGGCAGAAAGAUUUCAUGGUGCCCUCGAGGAUAACAGAGUUUCCAAAUGCAGACGUAUCUCCUGCUUUGGGAAGGCUUCGGACUCCUAUUUGCUUCGGGCUAUUCCUGGGCUCCACCCAUGUCCCUUCAGACCUUGGAAACGAUGUUAUCAGGACUGCUUUUAUGAAAGGAGGCAUCUUGCUUUGGGUUGUUCUUGCAUCACUGAACGCAUAUUUGUUUUCUCCCUAAUUACAUUACCAGCCACACUCUGGCAGUUUCCUUAUCCCUGAAAUGGGGACAAGAAUCCUUGCCCUACCCAGGUGACAGGCUGUUAGGAGGUUCUAAUGUGGUAAUACUAUAUAUAGCAUAUGUGAUAACAGAACUACAGCAUGCACUUCAAGUGUGAGAGCUCUUUUAUUAUUACAUGUUUUAAAACCUGUGCACGCUACCACUUAGGUACAUGUGUUUGAGAUGCCACAUUAGAAAUCCAAACCUUUAUUGUGAAGUCCUGGGGAUAAUGCUUUAAAUCAUGGUUUCCGGAGUUCCCAUCGUGGCUCAGUGGUUAACGAA